AUGUAUCAUCUGAACCCACCAGCUGAGGCAGUCCCUACUGCGCUGCCGUCAUCAACUGCAAUGAAAAAUCGUCGUUGGUUUUCAAAAGUUCCAUUAAUUGCUUUAUGCUGUCUCGGGAUAUUGGGUUUGCUGUUAGUAGGAACUAUUGUUUUAGCCUUGAUACCUGUGUAUCUACCAAAACGUAGUGGUGAAAGACUGGCAGUUCAAUCAUCAUCGCCAUUUCUUCUGGUAUAUGCGGUAAUUAAUGAUGAAAGCAAACGAGAAAUACGUGUAAAACGUGGGUAUUUUGAUCAAACAAAAACUAGUUCUACACCAGAAGAAAAACAGAAGACAGCCGCUCAGGUGAGUUAUCGGAGUAGAAAUUGAUUCCUGAGAAGUUGAAUUAAGAAACAUUGUACGAGUUCAUUGAACAGUUUGCUACAGAAAGCAAAACAUGAAUAAAUUUAACAUCUCUUUCUUUAUGUUUUCAUUCGAAUCUCCAUUCACUUUUAGGGAUACAAAAAGUUUUUAAAAGGUCAUAUCCAAAAACGAACGAGUUAUAAAAGUUUUACGAAAAGUGCUG